AAUGCCCAAACUCUUCCUCUUUAUCUCCCUCCUUUGACUUUCGUUUCAACUCAGUAAUUCCAUAGCGAAUCGUUUCUUCCUUCACUUAUCUAUACUGAUCACUUUCCACUUCAAAUAGUGUAUCCCCUUUUGUUUCUAUGGAUCACAGAAACGGGUUCUCGGAUUCCAGCGAAAUCAGCAGCACCUGCUGCAUCGUCGCCGCCGAAACGCUUCCUUCAUCGGAACCGUUGAGUACUCCCGACGUCGCCUCUCUUCAAAUCCUCUCCGGAAACCUCGACUCCCUUUUCGAAUCAAAGGACUCCGAUUCAUUCUACUCCGAUGCCAAAAUCGCGCUCUCUUCCGGCCGAGAGGUCGCCGUUCACCGUUGCAUUUUGUCUGCGAGGAGUUCCGUCUUCAAGACGGUUUUCGCGGGGUUUAGAGACGGUGGAGUUAAGUUCGAGCUCAAAGAGUUGGCUAGGGACUAUGAGAUCGGCUACGAUUCGCUCGUUGCGGUUCUCGCUUACUUGUAUACCGGUAAAGUGAGACCGUUUCCUGAAGGCGUUUUCCUUUGCGUUGACGAUGGUUGCUCCCACGUGGGAUGUAGACCGGCCGUCGAUUUCAUUUCUGAGGUUUUAUAUGUAGCUUUCGUUUUUCAGGUCUCUGAAUUAAUUGCUCUGUAUCAGAGACAUCUACUCAACAUUAUGGACAAGGUUGGAAUAGAUGAUGUCUUGGUGGUUCUUUAUAUUGCAAACAUGUGCGGUAAUGCUUGCGAGAGACUGGUUUCAAAGUGUAUAGAAACUGUUGUGAAAUCCGAUGUUGAUAUUGUAACACUUGACAAAGCCUUGCCUCAUCACAUUGUGAAACAAAUCAUUGAUGCCCGUCUGGAACUUGGUUUAGACAAGACGGAGAACAUAGGUUUUCCCGACAAACAUGUGAGGCGGAUUCAUCGGGCUUUGGAUUCAGAUGAUGUCGAAUUAGUUCGAAUGCUACUGAAAGAGGGUCAUACGAACUUAGACGAGGCCUAUGCACUUCACUACGCCGUGGCAUAUUGCGAUGCUAAGACCACGACCGAGAUGCUGGACCUCGGGCUCUCCGAUGUUAACCAUCAGAAUUCGAGGGGGUAUACGGUGUUACAUGUAGCUGCAAUGAGGAAAGAGCCUAAGAUUAUAGUUUCUCUUUUAACGAAAGGCGCUAGGCCAUCAGAUAUCACAAUUGAUGGUAGGAAAGCUCUUCAGAUCUCGAAGCGGCUCACCCGGGCUGCCGAUUACUAUAAAUUGACCGAGGAAGGGAAGGCUUCUCCGAAGGACCGGCUGUGCAUAGAGAUACUGGAGCAGGCCGAAAUAAGAGAUCCAUUGCAUGGAGAAGCUUCUUUGUCUCUUGCCAUGGCUGGUGAUGAUCUCCGGAUGAAGUUGUUGUAUCUCGAAAAUAGAGUUGGACUGGCAAAACUCCUAUUCCCCAUGGAAGCAAAAGUUGUGAUGGAUAUUGCUCAAGUGGAUGGAACAUCAGAGUUCCAAUUAGCAACUAUCAAUUCUAACAGAUUAAACGGUGCACAAACAACAGUGGACUUGAAUGAGGCACCUUUCAGGAUUCAAGAGGAGCAUUUAAAUAGACUCAGAGCACUUUCCAGAACAGUUGAACUCGGGAAACGGUUUUUCCCUCGUUGCUCAGAAGUGUUGAACAAGAUCAUGGAUGCCGACGACCUAUCGCAGCUAGCAUGUGGAGGGAACGAUACAGCGGAGGAACGGGCGGUUAAAAGGAAGAGGUACGUGGAACUACAAGAUGUACUGAGUAAGGCAUUCCAUGAAGACAAAGAGGAGUUUGACAGAUCAGCCAUCUCAUCUUCUUCUUCAGCAAAGUCCAUAGUGGUGACCAGGACUAAAGGUAAGCUCACUGGUAAUGCUAAUGGAAGUGUUAGGGGUGGUUAAGGCUUGAGGCCAAAUGCAAUCCCUUUAUAGUUGUACCAUAGUAGUAAUUUUCUUCAGUGGUAGUAAAAGACCGAGGUUCAUGAAAUCAAAUCU